AUGCACCUCGUUUGUGGACUAGAUCUCGAGGAGACUCUGGUGCUCGAACAGCAGCUCAGUCCUUUCAACGAGGACCUCGAUCCGCUGCUUAUUCGACCGGAUGUACCUCGUCUCAGGGCGCCUCAUCCGCCUUUGCCUCCUCUACCGCAUACAUUCAAACCCAAGAUCCGGUGUCGUGCGCCUCUGCAUACCUCACCACCGUUGCAAAGACUAAACGCUCCACUUUACAUCGCUACUGACUUCCCGAAUCCUGCAGCAGACCCACUGUUUUCGAUUUAUCUUCAAACCUUCCCGUGUGCCGCUGAUGGGGGUUUUGAUACUGGUGUUGUACGCGAUGAUGCUGGCUAG